CUCGCGCUGCCAUCCCAUCCUCAUCAUGGCCUCCAAAAAUCAGCCGCUGCGUCCGAGAAUGAGCACGAGCAGACUAGCCGUUGGCCCUUUCCUUCCCCGCGCGGAAAUGAACAACGUCAAGCCGAAACAGAGGCACCGGUAGAGGUGUGCGCGCCGGGGGAUAAAGCCUCCGAGCUCAUGCCACCCCGGUCUCCUCGAUGUCUUCGUCAAAAGCCACGUACAGCCAUUUGACAAAGAGGGGUGCGAACCCCGGCCGCGGCGGCGACAGAAACAUGAACAGGGAUUUUUCUGUCAAUCUAUCAGUGCAGCAAGUACUGAGCCUCUGGGUACAAGGCACGACGCUGCAACAUUUCACAGAGAUGUGGUACUGGGUGUUCCUGUGGUGUCUCUUCUCCUCUCUCUUGGUCCACGGGGCGAUGGGCCUGCUCAUGUUGGUCAUGUUGCAGCGCCACAAGAGGGGUCGCCUCAUCACCUUGGUCCUGGUCAGUCUGGGUUUCCUGACCUCCCUGGCUGGAGGGGUCAUCACCAGUGCGGCGGUGGCGGGGGUGUACAGGGUGGCAGGGAAGGACAUGGCCCCCCUCCAGGCCUUGGUGUUUGGAGUGGGCCAGACCACGCUCUCUGUCCUCAUCUCCUUCUCACGCAUACUGGCCACCCUCUGA